AUGGACCUUUCUUCCAACUUCUUGGUAGGAAGGAUCCCAGAAUCCUUUGACCAACUCAAUAUGCUAACUUUCAUAAAUCUAUCGCAUAACUCCUUCAAAGGUUUUAUUCCAGGAACACUUGAAAAGCUAAAAGGCUUGGCAUCAUUAGACCUCUCAUCUAACAACCUCUCUGGUACCAUUCCCAUGUUCCUUGCCAACUUUUCCUACUUGACUAUCUUGAACCUCUCAUUCAAUAAUCUGGAAGGCCAAAUACCCGAUGGAGGUGUUUUCUCAAAUCUCACCUUUCAGUGUUUGACUGGGAAUGAUGGGCUAUGUGGCGCUCCUCACCUUGGAUUUUUGGCAUGCCUUGACAUGCCUCGCUCAAGUAAUAGGAAAUUGCUACAAAUUCUACUCCCAACACUCACAGUAGUUGUUGGUGCCGUCGCCAUUUCUAUAUACCUAUGGUCUAGAAAGAAACUUAACAAGAGAGAUGCCAUAGCUAGUGAUGAUCCAACAGAUGUGGUUGGCUAUCAGAUAGUCUCCUAUCAUGAGCUUAUUCGUGCCACCAAUAAUUUCAGUGAAGAAAACAUCUUAGGCUCCGGAAGCUUUGGAAAAGUCUUCAAGGGCCAACUGAGCGAUGGUUUGGUGGUCGCGAUAAAAGUUCUUGACAUGCAGCUGGAGCAGGCCAUCCGAAGUUUCGACGUCGAGUGUCAAGUGCUUCGCAUGGCGCGACACCGCAACCUAAUAAAGAUACUCAACACAUGUUCCAACCUUGACUUCAGAGCACUAGUGCUUCCGUACAUGCCAAAUGGCAGCUUAGAGAUGCUCCUACACCAGUCUCAAGGUUCAUUGCACCUAGGGUUCCUUGAAAGACUAGGCAUAUUACUCGACGUGUCGAUGGCAAUGGAGUAUUUGCACCAUGAGCACUAUGAACUGAUCUUGCACUGUGACUUGAAGCCUAGCAAUGUGUUGUUUGAUGAGGAGAUGAUGGCGCAUGUGGCGGACUUUGGGAUUGCAAGGUUGAUUCUAGAUGAUAAGUCCAUGACAUGUGUGAGCAUGCCUGGAACUGUUGGGUACAUGGCACCAGAGUAUGGGUCUCUUGGGAAAGCAUCACGGAAGAGUGACGUUUUCAGUUACGGAAUCAUGCUCCUUGAAGUCUUCACUGGAAGGAGACCCACCGAUGCAAUGUUUGGCGCACAACUAACCCUCAGGCAGUGGGUUCAUCAGGCAUUUCCUGCAGAGCUUGUCCGAGUCAUUGAUGGACAGCUACUGCAAGACUCCUCUGCUACUUGCUGCAGCUUGGAAGAUGGCUUUCUUGCAUCGGUGUUCGAGCUGGGUUUACUCUGCUCUGACGACUCGCCUGGCCAGAGGAUGACGAUGCAUGAUGUGGUUGUGACACUUAAGAAGAUCAAAGGCGAGUACACAACAAAACACACAGCGACAAUGUCACGUAAUGCUGCAUAG